AUGGAGAAUGAGGAUUCAGCCUUGACUUGUUGCCCAAGGCCUGCUACUGGGAGAAUCCCUCACUUCAGCCCCAGGAGCUAUUGUGUGUGUUUGGCUCCGCCUCUCACCAUGUCUUCUCACAAGACUUUCAAGAUUAAGCAAUUCCUAGCCAAGAAACAAAAGCGAAAUCGUCCCAUUCCCCAGUGGAUUCGGAUGAAAACUGGUAAUAAAAUCAGGUACAGCUCCAAAAGGAGACAUUGGAGAAGAACCAAGCUGGGUCUGUAAGGAAUUGCACACGAGAUGGCACACGUAUUUAUGCUGUCCGAAGGUCACAAUCGUGUUACCAUGUCAAGCUGAGAAUGUCACCACUGUCUGGACAGUUGGAUGUGUUUUUUUGGGAGUAUGCUUUUUCUCUCUGAAUCUGUUAGGAACAUGCUGGUUGACUGGGUUCUGUAAUAAAUACGUGAGACCUUUCAUUUCAAAAAAGAAAA